UGUAGGCUACAUGGAUGUACUGUACUCUGUAGUGUUUUAACUUUUUGUAUGUGUGCUAUGGGUUGGAAAAACCCUGGAGAGGACGAGAGAUUUUCAAAAGACGUCGUUAUUGGAACUUCACCUUUUGGUGGCUACAGUCACGAGGCAAUGGUCCACGCACUGAAACAUUGCAAAGUCAGACACAUCGACACGGCUAGGAGGUACAACAACGAACACCUAGUGGCCAAGUCGAUUCAAGAAAGUGGAGUGGUGCGAGGAGACCUGUUCAUCACCAGUAAGGCCUGGCCUUCCGACUACGGUUACGAGAGCACGAAGCAAGCAUUCAGGGAGUCUCUCCAACAAACUCAAGUGGAUUAUUUUGAUCUAUACUUACUUCACUGGCCAAUGUCACCUGAUGGAACCAACACUAAGAAACUAAUCAGUGAGUCUUGGAGGGUACUUGAGGAACUCUACGCAAAAGGUCUUUGCAAAUCCAUUGGAGUAAGUAACUUCAAGAUCUCGGACCUUGAAAACUUGAAAGAAACGUGGACGGUCAUUCCCCAAGUUAAUCAAAUCGAAGUCCAUGUGUUCAACUAUCCAAAAGAGCUGAUUGAUUAUUGCAAUGGACUUGGGAUUCAAAUUGUGGCUUACAGCCCAAUGGGUAAAGGAAAAGUUCUGGAUUAUCACGUGAUUAUCAAGAUGGCGGGAAAAUAUUGCAGAACCUGCAGUCAAGUUGCAAAUCGCUGGGUUUUACAGCACGGCUUGGCAACGAUACCUAAAUCCACAAAGUGUAGUCGAGUCGAAGAAAACUGCAAGGUGUUUGACUUCACGCUAUCAGAUGAAGACAUGGACACUCUGGAUCAGUUACAUAUAACAGAUUAUUAUCGUGCUGUUGAUCCAAGCACAGUGCGAUUCGAUCGUCUGUAGCCAUCAUAAAGGCACUGGACACUAUUGGUACUUAUACUCAAAAUAAUUGUUAGCAUAAAAACUUACGUGGUAUUAUGA